AAAGCAGUCACUGUUAAGAAUGGAGGGCACUUGUACAGGCAAGAAAAAUGGGCCUCUUCACCUGAAUAUACGCAUUAAGGAGGAUGAGGAUCCCCACAACAGUAUUAUGAAGCUGCUGAGGAUUCUUAGGCCACAGUGGAGAAUAGAAGACAUUAAGAAAAAGGUCUUUACAGAAGGCACUACCAACCAGUUGACAGCCUGUUACACAGGCUGCCUGCGGUCGUCGGAUGAUGUGGUGCUAGUGCGGGUGUAUGGCAAUAUGACAGACCUCUAUCUGGACCGACGCAAAGAGAUAGAGAUACUUCACAUACUUCACGAACACAGUUGUGGCCCCAAGUUGUACUGCAGCUUUGAAAACGGCAUUUGUUAUGAGUUUUUGCAGGGCAUAGCGCUGGAUAAUAAGCUACUGAGGGAGCCUCUUGUUUACAGGCUAAUUGCAGAGGAAAUGGCAAAAAUCCACACCAUCAAGCCCAGAGAUGGCUCUCGCCCUCAGGCUUUCCUCUGGACCAAAAUGGCCCAUUUCCUUCAGCUAGUACAGGAUUCUGAAAAUGAUGAGAUGCCAAGCUCCUUGCGUCUACCAGAGACUACCAGUGUGGAGGCUCUGAGAAAUGAAAUGCAUGAGUUAAAAAGACGACUUGGUCCCGUAUACUCUCCAACAGUGCUGUGUCAUAAUGAUCUUUCGCCAGCUAACAUAAUCUACAAUGAUACCAAAGGCACUGUAAAGUUCAUUGAUUAUGAAUAUGGUGAUUUUAAUUAUCAGGCCUUUGAUAUUGCCAACCUUUUCAAUGAAUAUGCAGGUUUGACCGACACUGACUACAGUCGAUAUCCCAGCGUGGAGCUUCAGAUGGACUGGCUGACUGCUUACCUAAGGAGAUAUGAGAGCUGCUCAGGCACAGAUACCAUAGUAUCAGAGCAUGACGUGAAGAACCUCUAUAUCACAGUUUGCAAGUUUAAUCUGGCUUCACACUUCUUCUGGGGAUUAUGGGCAGUUAUUCAAGCCAGACAUUCAGAUAUCAAUUUUGACUUUAUGAGAUAUGCCAAUGCCAGGUUUGAGCGUUACUUUGAGAUGAAAGAAGAAUACUUUGAUAUGUAAAACACCAAGAUGCAUAGAUGCAGAAAGUCCUAUUACAUCCCAAGAUUUUACCAAGCCAAUCUAUUAAACAAUACGGAAUCAAAGACAAUGACAAAGUUUGUAUUUAGUCUUUAGUUUGUAUUAUUUCCAGAUAAUGUUUUUUUUUUCUUAUCAGCGCAAUAAAGUUUAA